GUAAUUGAACACCGGUUAACUUUGUAUCGUUCAACAUCUCACACAUCAAUCCAAUUUUCAUUUAAUUUAAUCAAAACCCUAACCCUAAUUCCUCUUUCACCUCUUUUAACUCUCUAAUCCCAUCACAACCAGUGAAGCAGCCAUGGCAGAUUGGUCUCAUCUUCCAAAAGAUAUUUUGCAAUUAAUAUCCGAAAAACUGAACAGUGAUUUCUACAUUCUUCGUUUUCGUUCUGUCUGUUCCACAUGGCGACUUUCCAUACCAAAACCUCACAACCAUUUCCCCUUGAAGCUCCCGCACUUUUCCAAAUACGGCAAACUCUACAAUGACAACAUCUUUCUCAUCAAACCACCCGUAACACCCAACCAACAAACUCUCCGCCCUUGGUUGGUCAGAAUCAGUCCAACUUCAACCGGAAAGUUUAACCUCUGGCACCCCCUUUUACGUGACAGUCUUAAUAUACCUUCUGAUCCGCCCGUGCUCGACUUCAACCAACUCUCUGUCUUUAAUAUCGGACCGGUUUAUGUUCGGGGGACGUUCUAUCCACAUUCAUCUUGCACAUCAUUUUCUGAUUCUGGUUGCUGUGUUGUUACGUUUGAGGGGGAACAGAUUCCGAAUAUUGUCUCAUACGAUAGUGACUCCAUGGGGAUGGUGAUGUUCCGUUGCGGAGGUGAUGGUUUGACUAAGAUCCCCAAUGUGGCACCAUACUACCAAGGCAUGUGCAUUUUUAAAGGCCGGCCUUGUCUAACCGACAAUACUGGUCGGACUGUGAUGAUUGGAUCAGAUUUGAACGUUGAUUUGGUGGCUGAGCCUGUGUUUGAUGACGAUCCCUAUGUCAAUGGCGACAUUUACAUUAUGGUGGAAAAUGAGUCUGACUUGUUGCUUGUUCACAAAUAUACAGAAAAUCAUAAUAUAAAUGAAGAGCUUGUAAGGUUUGAUGUAUUUAGGCUUGACCAGAGACAGAAAAAGUGGCUGAAGUUGGAAAAUUUAGGGGAUAUGGUUUUGUUUUUGGGACAAGGCUAUUCGUCUGCUAUAUCGGCGUCGGAUUUGGGUUUUGACAGUGGAAAUUUUGUGAUUUAUUGUAACUAUACUUGUCGCAAAAUGAGGGUUUUUCCCUUGGACCAACAACGGACUUUUCUUUUGUCUGAUUAUCCAGAUUAUUUGAAGUUGUUCUGGCCACCUCCGGAGUGGAUCGUCACUAAGUGUUUGUAACAAAGACUUUAGGUCUUAGAAGAGAUUAACUAGCUAAUAUUAUAUCCAUGAAGUGUGGAAGAUUCUACUAUAUGCUUUAACAUUCUUUUUGGUAUAAAGCUCAAGGUAAAACUAGUAGUGCAUCCUUCCACCAAGACAACAAUGUCCACCACACUUGUUAUAAUUAUGCUUGCAGGUUCAGACAACGGUUCUGUUUGUUGUCUCUAACUUCAAUAGAAUGCUGCUAAUAUUCUUGUGAUAUUAUACCCUAAGUUUAUUUAUUGUUUCCAUAAGUUGCAGUGAAAAUGGUAAGAAAUAUGGUUUCAAAUUUAUGAUGUUAAGAUGUUUGUAAGAGAGUAUGUUAUUUGCAUUGAAAUUUUCUAAUGUAAUAGUGAUUGAUAGUGUAUUAUUGUGCCUAGUUUUCUUUUCUAAUGUAAUAGUACAUUUUGACCAUGAGGUUUUCCAUCUAAUAUCUUCUUUGUUAAGUUAAAAUUGGUAUCUGGGCUUCAUUUUUUUCAUAAGGGAUUGAAACGUGCAACAUGAGAUUUAAUCAGAGGACGGUAGGUUUUCGACAUAGUUUUUUAUUAGAAUUGAAAAGAGGUUUACUAGCUAGUAUUAUAUUCUAAGUUGUUAAUCACAUCUAGUUUCACAGAGCACCGAAAUUGCUGACAGUGGUUAGCAGCCCAAAUGUAUUGCGUAGAAUCCUGCCACUGCUAUGCCAUUGUGCUUUUGACAACAAUGUCCAUACUUGUAAGGAGUUAUGUUGUAAUAAAGAGCUUUUAGUAAGAAGAGAGAUAAUUGUUGCUUAAUAGCUAAAAGAGAAGUUCUUUAAACGAUAUUAUGCAUUCUGGCAACAUGUUUUCCACCAGUAAGUUUCACAAUAAAUCUAGCUAGGGAUGAUACUAUUUAUAUGUUUUAAUAACAUACUAUAGGAAAAACGCAGCACAGAAAAAUGAUCGAUGGGCUGCUUCCUAAUUCCUGAAAGAAUUACUUGAUUGUGCUUGCAGAUUCAGGCAAUGAUUCUGUUUGUUGAUUCUAACUUCUAUAGAAUGGUGCUAGUAAUCCUGUGGUAUACGUUAUAUUACUUACACCAUCAAUUUGUUUAUGUUUCUAUAAGUUGCAGUGAAAAUGGUAAGCAAUGCCAGUUUGCUUACUCAUAUAAUGGUUCCAAAUUUUAUCCUACUUUUGUGCUUAAAUUUUCCUGAUUGGUCACACUUUAGUGCAACGUGAGACUUCCAGUUACAUUUUCCAUUGGUUCCCGUCCGUGAAUAGAAUUUUGGUUCCAGUCCGUGAAUUGGAUUUUUUACAUUUUGCAAGCAACUCGAAUUUUUAGUUUUACGAAAAACCUCGAUUUGUUCGUCUUUUUUUCAAAAAAACAUAAUUUUUUUUUCCGAAAAUUCAAUUUUUUAUUUUUUCAAAAAAAUCCGCUUUUAUU